UUUAGUAGAGAAUAUGUCUUUAUUUUACUGAUGUUUUGGUUCAGUUUUGCUACUAUUUUGGUUCUGUUUUUCUGUAUGAUGAUACAAACAAUCUCAAUAAGCUCUUCAAAUGAUAAUGAUAAUAAAGUCUCUCUUUGUUUGCUUCUUUGUUUUACUUGAACUCAUAGUGAUUUUUGUUUACCAAUUUCACCUCAUUAGAUAAGUGGUUAUUCGAAUAUAGGUUUGAUUCAAAUAGAUUAAUAUUUAACCUUGUUUACAUAGAAUGGUGAAUACCAAGAAAAAUGUUGUGUGUUCCUCCUCACCUAAUGAUGGGGGGCAGAAAACAAAAGCUAAUUGGGAUUAUAAGUCAACUGAAAACUUUGUGAAAGCAUGUUUGGAGCAAGUUUCCAAGAGAGAACGUGUUGGUACGAGCUUUACAAAAAAAGGGUGGAACAAUAUUAAGGCCCAAUUUCAUAAUUUAACCGGACUGAAGUAUGAGAAGGCUCAAUUAAAGAAUAGGUAUGACAGUCUGAGAAAGGAUUGGAGAGCAUGGUAUAACUUAUUUGGGAGAGAAACUGGAUUAGGGUGGGAUCCGGUGAACAACACUGCUGUAGCACCUGAUGAGUGGUGGGAGACCAAACAGCUGGAAAACCCUCUUUAUGAAAAAUUUAGGAACAAGGGGCUUCCAUUCGCCAAUGAGUUAACCACACUUUUUAUGGAUGUAGUGGCUAAUGGAGAGUACACUUGGGCACCAUCAUGUGGGGUAUUGCCAUGUGUGUUUGAAGAUGAUGAUAAUGAUGAUAAUGAUGUAGUGGCUGUAGAAGGAUCUGGUGAUAGCGAGGAUGCAAGUGUUGGAGCAACAAUCGAAUUUGCAAAUAUUGGACUGAAUUCUUCACAACAAACCGAUGGUCAAAAGAGUGGUGAGAAGAGGAAAAGAGCUGUUAGAGCAGACAAGCCAAGUCAGAAAAAAGCAAGUGCAUCAUCAAAGAUAGCUGAAGCUGUUAGUUUAAUAGCAGAGACAUGUCGUUCUCGCAAUGAUGCUGAGGGUAAUGCAUCUAUUGGUGAAGUGAUGGCUGAGCUUCACACCAUGGAUGAAAUCUCAAAUGAUCUUUAUUUGCAUGCGCAGUGUUGCAACUUGCUGAUGUUUAAGCCUGCAAGGGAGAUUUUUAUUUCCCUACGAGGUUCAGAGGAGAAAAAGUUGAAUUGGCUUAAGCAUACAAUUGAUAACCCAUUGCCAUUCAUGACUAUGUAAUUUGGAACCUGUGUGACUAGGAUGUAAUGGGAAUUAAGCUAGGAAGUACUAUGAAUUAAGAAGUAAUCUACGAAGUACUAGUAACUAUGAAGUACUGUUAUGUUUAGUCUUUAAUGUUUAAUGUUUCGUUGUCUUUAAAUUAAGAAGUAAUCUAGGAAGUACCAGUAACUUUGAAGUAUUGUUAUGUUUUUCCUUUCAAUUAGGAAGUAAUCUAAGAAGUGGUAGUAACUAUGAAGUACUCUUAUGAAGUACUAGUAACUUAUGUAAUGUUUCUAUCCCUUAAUGAAGACUUAUGUUGUGUGAUAA